GGUCGUCCCGGUUGUGUUCUAUCGCCAGUCAAAAUGCUGCGCUCCCUCGCAAGUCGUUCCAUCCGCUCGGUUGGAGCCACGAUUACUCUUCGUGCGCCUCAAACGUUGAGAAUGAUGUCUGGCCAGGUGCGAAUCGAAUCGGAUACUUUCGGUGAGCUCAAGGUGCCAGUCGAGAAGUAUUAUGGCGCUCAGACCGCGCGCUCUAUGAUGAACUUCGACAUUGGAGGCGAACGGGAGCGAAUGCCGGAGGCUGUAAUCAAGGCGUUCGCCACGUUAAAGAAAGCGGCGGCCAUUGUCAACAAAGAAUACGGUCUGGAGCCGAAACUCGCCGAUGCAAUCUCGAAAGCAGCUGAUGACGUCAUCGGCGGUACGAUCGGACUCGAUCACUUCCCGCUGGUCAUUUGGCAGACUGGAUCCGGGACGCAAUCAAACAUGAACAUGAACGAGGUUUUGGCGAAUCGGGCGAUCGAAUCGCUCGGAGGGGAACUCGGUUCUAAGAAACCCGUGCAUCCCAACGAUCACGUCAACAAGUCCCAAUCGUCGAACGACACCUAUCCGACGGCAAUGCAUAUUGCCGUGGCGGUCGAAAUCCACCAGCGCCUCCUGCCGUCGCUCGAGAAGCUCCUCGCUGCCCUGCGAGAGAAGGAGAACGAGUUCGCGACCAUCAUCAAGAUCGGGAGGACUCAUACUCAGGACGCCGUACCCCUCACCUUAGGUCAAGAAUUCGGAGGAUACGCGACUCAAAUCGAGUUCGGCAUCCAGAGGGUGAAGGCGACUCUCCCCAGACUUUACUACCUCGCCGCGGGGGGCACCGCAGUCGGCACGGGUCUGAACACUCGCAUCGGAUUCGCGGAGAAAGUGGCGGAAACCGUCUCGAAACUCACGGAUCUUCCUUUCCGGACGGCACCGAAUAAGUUCGAAGCGCUAGCUUCCAACGACGCGAUGGCCGAAGUCCACGGGUCCUUGAAUGUCAUCGCCUGUUCCCUAAUGAAAAUUGCCAACGAUAUUCGUUUCCUGGGCUCGGGUCCCCGCUGUGGCUUCGGUGAACUCUCACUGCCCGAAAACGAGCCCGGCUCGUCGAUCAUGCCCGGAAAAGUCAACCCCACUCAAUGCGAAGCCGUGACCAUGGUCGCCGCGCAAGUCAUGGGCAACAACACCGCCGUGUCGGUCGGUUGUUCGAAUGGGCAUUUCGAACUGAAUGUUUUCAAACCAAUGAUCGUCGCCAACGUUCUGCGGUCCAUCCGCUUGAUUGCGGAUUCGUCGCGGAGCUUCACCGACAAUUGCGUCGUCGGCAUCAAGCCCAACAAGGAACGUAUCUCGAAACUGCUCAACGAGUCCCUCAUGCUGGUGACGGCUCUCAAUCCUCACAUCGGAUACGACAAAGCGGCCCAGAUCGCUAAGCUGGCGCACAAGGAAGGCAGCACGUUGAAGGCAACCGCUGUCAAGCUGGGACACUUGACUCCCGAACAGUUCGAUGAGAUGGUCGUCCCCCACGACAUGCUUGGCCCGAAGUAAAGAGUGUAUCCGUCAGAAUUUAGGCGUGAACUCAGGAACAUUUGGAUGCUUGGAUGAGUGGGUAUUCUUGCGAGAUCGGAGAUUCCUGCCCUUCGGUUCCGGGUCGCUCGGUUCGAGGUAACCGGAGAACUUUGUUCCCUGAAU